AUGCGAACUUUUCAAGAAUUUGGCAGCGUACAGGACACUUAUGAAAACAUUCUAGACAUAGUUCAAGAUAUAGUUCUAGACAUCACUAUCCAACAACAUCAAUAUCAUUGUGAUCCAAAUGGCAUCAAUUUAUGGAUGGAUCUUAAUGAUAAAUCAACGGCUUUGCCUCUUCGUGCUUAG